AUGGCCAACGCGUCGCAGUGCCUGGAGGAGGGCUCGGGGCGCUGGCCGCCGCCGGCCGGGCCGUACAGCGAGGCGCAGCGGCUGGCGCUGGAGGAGCUGGUGGCGGGCGGCCCCGAGGCGCUGCGCGCUUUCCUGCGGCGGGAGCAGCUGCCGCCCUUCCUGUCGGAGCCCGAGGUGCAGGACAUCGCCCGGGCCGCGCUGCCGCCCGCCGCGGGCCCGGAGCCGGCGGCCGAGGCCUCGGCCGGAGCCUCGCUGGACGCCUCGUCGCUCACCUACUUCCCCGAGCGCUCGGACCUGGAGCCGCCCGCGCUGGAGCUGGGCUGGCCGGGCUUCGCCAGCGGCGCCUUCCGCGGGCUGACGCGGGUGGAGGCGCAUUUCCAGCCCGGCUGCGGGGACAGCAUCUACGGCUGCAAGGAGGCGGUGCGGCGCCAGAUCCGCUCCGCCCGACAGGUGAUUGCCCUUGUGAUGGAUUCCUUCACAGACAUUGAGAUCUUCAGUGACCUUCAGGAUGCCUAUAACAACCGCCAAGUCCCUGUCUACAUCCUUCUUGACCAGGACUUUGUACCCCAUUUCUUGGAAAUGUGCAACAAUUUGGGAGUUUGUCCUGAGCAGGAAAGUAUGAUGAGAGUUCGAACUCUCACAGGGAGCACGUACUACAUGAGGUCAGGUGCCAAAAUUGUCGGGAAAGCCAAGGAGAAGUUCAUGUUAAUUGAUGGCAUUAGAGUGGCAACAGGCUCCUACAGUUUCACAUGGUCUGAUGGGAAGCUGAAUAGCAGCAACUUGCUGGUGUUGUCAGGUCAAGUGGUUGAACACUUUGACCUCCAGUUCAGGAUUCUUUAUGCCCAGUCACUGCCCAUCAGCCCAAAGCGACCGUCCAGCUGCAGGAACAGUGGCAUGUUUGAUCACCUGCUGACCAGAACAGAAUCCUCCAAAGAAUAUACUGUGGAAGGCAACUUGAGAGCAGAAUUUGCCAGACUGUCUAGCACUCCAAAGAAAUUGCUGGAAAAAACAGAUCAAACUGAAUAUACUGCUGCAGGAAAGCUUUGUAACCUGCAGCAUUCUUGCCUGUGUGAAGAGGAGUUGUUCAGCAAUCAAGCGACCUCAGUGGAACAGAGAAGUGCAUCAACUCAAACUGGCCCUUGGGAAGAGAUGGCAGCUGUGACCAAAUGUAAUGCAGCCACUCAGGCCAGCACUGCCACAGCAGACACUAGCACUCAGGCUUCUGUCACGGCCAGAGUGACAGGCACUCAGACAUCCAUUUUGCUGAAGACUGCAGUGACACAGACAAAGGAAGAGGAGGGCACAGAAACACCCCUCCUUCCCAGAAAGUUCUCAAAAGAAGAGUAUUUUCUGUCUGCAAAGGCCGUAUCCAGUUCUAGUCUGCAAUCACUGUCUUCAUCAUCAUCCCAGUGCUCUCUUGCAAGCUCUACAGGCUCAAUAUCCUCUCUCCGCUCCUUUGAAUAUUCCAGUAGUCACAGGGCACAAUAUUUCCAAAAACUGCACAAAGAGAGGCAGUUCCACUACUCCACCAUCAGGUCGAAGCUGAGCCACAUGGUGGAUAUCCUGUCCCGGCGGGGCCGUGUCCCUGCCAGCUACGUGAGCCAGUACCCUGGCAGGUGCAGCCUGAAGCAGAGGCGCGACAUCAGCGCCAGCCUGCGCAGCCUCCGCGACGCCUCGCUCUUCUCCCUCAAUAAAUGAUUCCUGCCCCGACCACACAACACACAAACCCCAGGCUCAAGUUGCUGUCACUUUGUACCUAAAGAUUCUUUCACUUCUGUCCAGCACUUUUAAUUCUUUAAUACUUUUUUAAUACACUACUCUCCAGCACUUUGUUUUAUACUAUGCAACGUAAGUGACGAAAAAGAGACAUUAUAUUGUAACAACUUAGAAGUUCCUCUUGCAUUAGUGGUGAAGAUCAUUUUAAUUCUGGGUAUUUAACCUCAAAACUGAACUUGAUACUGCUUUCUGGGAUUGCUAAUGCCCUAGUUUUAAUUUAUGUAAACUUGGAAAAAUCUGAGUCACACUGCUCAGAGUAGCUCUGGAGAUCUGUCUUACCUCAAAAAUUCUCAAUCUUUUUUGCAAUAUUCUACUUUAUCUUUGACAGAAGAGGAAUCAGCUUUUACAAAGAGCCAUAAAGCUGAUUUUAUUCUAACUUCUGUGGUAUAUAUGUUACUCUUCCACUAAAGUUGCAAGGAGUCUGUUGAAACAGUUACAGGUUAUCUUCAACUAUAUUAUUUUUCCAUUGUUUAAGCCUUCUGAAACAGAAUGAGCUAACAAGCCUUCUAGUUUGAUCAUGCUCUUGUGCCUUUGUUUAGAGAUAUAUAAAUAGAGAUAUAUAAAUAUAUAUGUGUGUGCAUGUGUGUGCUUCCUUCUUUGCAGUGAACUCCAAGGCAAGACAAUCACUGAGGGUGUGUG